AUGCCGAGGAAACGAAGAUCUGAAGAUAUUGAUGGAUGUGCAAGUGCCACGUCACCAAUUAAGGUAAGCGGGGUUUUAUAUUUAGGGAUGUUAAGGAAAUUCUUGAUAUUUCAGAAAGGUUUUUAUAAUGAUUCAAAAUAUCUGGAGUUGAGUUUUGAAAUUUGAGUUUUGAAAAACCACGUGGAUACCCUAAUCUUAAAAAUCUGAGAGAAAAUUAGAUAUGAAAUUAAUGCCACCUGGAUUUUUCAGACCUGGGGUUCCAAACUUGGAAACCUUUUGAGCCUCAAAAAUUUUAAAACAAUUUUUGCCAUAUCGAUUUUUUAAACCGAAAAUUCAGAAUUCCACGUGGAUGUUUUUGAUCUACCAGUUUCAAAACUUCUACCACGUGAGAACACAAACUUUGAAGCUCACAAAGAAUUUUUUUCAAGAUUUUUUUCGAAGAAAAAUUAACAUGGAGUUUUUGUGCCAAUUUUUCACCUUUCAAAAAAAAUCCCAGUCAUCCAGCAAUCUUUGAUUUCUCUUGCAAUUUCUCAACACAGAUCAACAUCCACCGCAAAACAAACAUCCUGUGUUGAAAUCGGAGAAAAUCUGAUUUUUCACGUGGACCAAUUUCGUUCUGUUAAGAAAAAAAUAUUUAAAUUUCGAAUUCUCAGAAGCAUUCAGCUCUGUGUUUAAAAAAAGUUUUUUUUUGCAGAUAAAAAUAGAGCAAUUCAUCGAAGAGAACAACAAUAAUCACAUGUCAAAUGGUGAAGAUCAGGAUUCCACAGCUGUAAAUCAGUUCGCCGAAGACACUUCAAUGUUAGGCUUCCGGUAUUUGCACACAAGAUAUAAAACCUGGUUUCGGUACGUUUUGCAAAAAAAUGGUGUAGACUUCCGCUAAAUUCUCAAAUUUCAUAUUUUUUUCAGAAUUCUUUGGGCGUGUGUUUUGAUCUUCUUCAUAGGUCUAACUGUGUAUCAGGUUUUUGAGCGGAUAACAUAUUAUUUUAUCAAAAACCCGUUGAGUACUCGAAGAACUUAUGAUACACUUUCGAAUAUGUAUUUUCCGACGAUUGGAGUUUGUAAUAAGAUGCAGAUGAAAGCAUCGGCAGUGGCUAGUCAGAAUCCUGAAUUAUUGAGAGCAAUGUGUAAUGUGCUGAAUGAUCCGGUAAAAAUAUUUGCCACUUUGAGAACAAAAAAACCAAUUAAUUUUCCAGAACUCCCAAAAUUCGUCAAAAUUUGAUGAACUCGACAAAUUUAAUGACGUUGACAUCCUCUCAAUUUACCGUAACUCCUUCCAAUCUGCUGAUGAUCUUUUCGUGAGCUGUGAAUUCGGAAAAUCCGGCUCAUGUCAAGACGAAAUUCGACCAAUGUACACACCCAACGGUCUCUGCUAUUCAGUUUCCCCAAACAAAACAAUUCUCCGGCCGGGGCCAGAAACCACGCUAUCAUUAGUUUUGAAUCUCGAAGUGCACGACAUAGUUCCGGGCACAGUUUUUGAGCCCGGAGUGAUUUUAUCGAUUUAUGAUGGGGCUAGCUCGCUGUCACAUUAUUCUGAAGGAAUUCAUUUGGAAGCCGGAAAAAUUGUGACGAUUCCUGUGAAUGAAGUUAGAAAAUUGCAGAGAUAUGAGACGACUUGUGGAAGUACAAAAAUGGAAUCUUUUAGGUGAGCUUGAACUCAAGACGAUUUUGAUCCUCAAUUGCUUUUCCAGCGCACAAGAAUACUCAAAAUCCGCUUGCGAAUGGUCCGUGACCGUCAAAGAAAUCGAAAAAGCAUGUGGCUGCAUUCCGAUUCGAAAUCCGAUUUAUCGAGAAAUCAUGAAAGAUCCAGACUGGGUUUCUGGAAUUUCGGAUAACUCGACGACAAAAACGGGGAAAAAGAAUGGCAAGAAAUCGGGGAAAUAUCGGAAAAAAUGUACCCUCCGGCAAGAAAUGGAAUGUGUUCAUGAGAAAAUGGUGAGUUAUCUAAAAUGCAUGUGAUUCUGGAAUUUUUUCUCCAGAAUAUCCGACCUCAAAUCGAUGAUCAAAUUUGUCCAGAUGAUUGUGAGGAAAUAACCUAUUCAUCAAUUGUCUUCGGUGGAAAAUUGGUGAGUUUUUCUCAAGAUUUCUUCUGAAAUUUCUAAAAUAAUUUCAGAAUCCCAGCGAAAUAAUCUCUCUUCUUCCAAGUGACUGGGAAGACACCAAAGAAAAACGUGUUGGUGAAUAUCAAAAAGCUCUCGAAGUUAUGCCAAAUCGUAUUAUUCCGCUGGUGAAAAAUGUGCAACUUUUGGCGGACGAUCUUCAGAAUUUCGUUGAGGAAGCUUCAAUGAUUUUUGGAAGUUCGAAGAAUAAAACUAUGAUUUCGAAUGAGGUUCAUUGUUUGUCUCACGAUGGGAAAUCUUAUGAGAGUAUGAUUAAUCAGUUUAAUGCACACGAGCCGAUUUGGGAGAGGAUUAGCACGUGGGUUUGGAGCUAUGCUGCGCUAGAAAAAUCAUAUUUUCUUGUAAAACAAAAAUGAAAAUUCCACGUUUUUUAGAUACCUUCAACAAUCUCUGGCCCGCGAGCUGAACAUUACCGCAACUUGCCUUGGCUUCAACCUUGACGCUCUAGGAAAUCUAAUCGAAUUUCCGAUCCCUGAAGUCAAUAUGACACUCGCCUCGUUUUCCUUGAUACAAUUGGCGGAGAUUGAGAACUCUCUAGGACGCAGGAAUUUCAAUUAUCGAUUGUCUAUGAUGCAUGAGAGUACGAGAAGAACUGUGUUGGAGUUGGGUAAGCUUUCUGAAUUUUAUCCCCCAAAAAGAAAAAAAAAGUUUGCAGCUUCACCGCUAAUCAAGGAGGUUAAGGAAUGUGUCACCAAAAUGUAUGACAAUUUAGAAAGAGUUGAAGAGAUUGCUCCAGAUUGCCGUGCAAUUUUUAAAAAUCGAUAUACACCUCUGCUCGAAGCCUCUUUUGUUCACACCAAGCUUCAUCCAUCGACCCAACUUAUAAAAUCAUAUAUGGAAGGCUUGCGCAAAAUCACGAGCCGAUUGGCUUUUAUGAAAUCCAGGGUGAAGAUGUUUGACUGGAAAAACUUUGAGAUAGAUCUCAAAGAUUUCGAGCAAAAUUAUCGCGAUGGUGGGAAAGAUCUUUUGGAGAUUGAGGAGAUGUUGAAACUUCGAAAAUCGAUGGUCACUGAUAUUCCAGAGAUUGCUGAGGAACUUUCGAAAAUCUUCACGUCUGUUUCGAAAUCAAGGAAACUGUUUAGCUCGCUGACCGGGGUUACUGUGGAUGAUUCGUGGAAUAUGAAGUUUGAAAAUACUUCGGAAUGUUUGCGGGAGCUUCAUGAGGAUGGGCCAAGGUUGAAGGUAUGAUUUUUUGAAUUUUCAAUUCAGGGGUGAUUCCAAAACUGAUGUUGGUCUUUGUUGCCACAAAUUAUCACUCAGCUUCAAAUUAAUCAACCCUGCUCCCUGGAGAAUACAUAGUUAUUAUAUAUUAUCUCAAAUAGAGUCUAGUUCAUCCCAAUUUCUUCUCUCAGAAAAACCGUUUCCUCCGUGGCGAAUGGCUGUCGCGACUACGCAAUCAACUCCAAAUGGCUCAAUCCUACUCGCCAUCCCAUCAAUACGACGUCGUCAAUCUACUCCACAUCAAAUUCUACUUUGCUCACUUCAAACAAGAAACCAUUAUUCAGGAAAAAUCCUACAACAUGUUCUUGUUGUUGGCCGAAAUCGGUGGAACUAUUGGGUUGUAUGUUGGAGCGACACUUUUGACUGUCGCCGAGACUUUGGUGUUUUUCUUUGAACGCAAGACAAGGAACAUAUUUUUGAAACCGCAAUAUUUAUGA